UCACUCGUGGCUCAUGUCACUGGAUACGAGCUAUUUAAUUUCAUACUUUUAUGUUUUUGCUUUUUGUUUGUUUUGCUCAACAUAAAACCAAAUGUUAAAGUUAUACUUUAGCAAUUAAAAAAUAAUAAUUUAUUGAAAUUCUUCUGAACUUUUUGUACAAAUGUGUUAUAUAAAAUAUUGAAAUGAAGGGCUGUGUGCUGUUUUCAGGCAUCUGUUUGGAUUUGCAAAGUGUCAUUAACCACAAUGCUAAUAUUGUGGCUCUCUCCUUUAAAAAACAGGUUUCCAUGGCUUCAAACAGUCUGUUCAGCAGCCCCAGCCCAAUGCUGUACUGGGAUCCUGUGGUGAAGUGCCGUCUGUCACCAUCAGCCAGCACUCGUCAACUGGAUGAACAAGAGCUGAGGUGUCUCCACCAGUGCAGUACAGCUCCACCCAGAGGACUGGUCCCGACCGACAGCCCAAAUUUCCUCUGCAGCAGCCUGCCUCAGCACUGGAGGUGUAAUAAAACACUACCAAGAGCCUUUACUGUUGUUGCCCUGGGGAACGAUGUGCCUGAUGGCGUGGUUGUGACAGUGAUGGCUGGCAAUGAUGAAAACGUCAGCGCAGAGCUACGUAAUGCCACAGCCACCAUGAAACAAGGCUGUGCCCACUUCAACGACCUCCGCUUCAUCGGCCGCAGCGGCAGAGGUAAGAGCUUCACCUUGACGAUAAACGUGCUGACCUCACCUCCUCAGAUCGCCACCCUACACAGGGCCAUAAAGAUUACCGUGGACGGACCACGGCUGCCCAGACGUCAGAGGCAGAAGGAGAUGAAGGCUGGAGUUUUUAGGCCCUCCAGCAGCAUCAGUAGCAGCACGGCUUCAUCAGAAUGCAGAUCCUUUCCUUCCACCUCUCUGUGGAUGAAUGAGUCCUUUCUGGGCCCAGUGACCUCUUUGGCAUCUUCAUUCGCUCCUACUCCCAGAAUGCACCAUCUGCCUGCCCUCCCUUACUCUACCCAACCUCCUCCAUACAGUUCCUACCUGUCUUCUCCUCCUCCUCCCCCUCCGCUCAGCCACAGUGGUCCAUUCCAGGCCGGCAGCUUCCACUACGGGCCCCACCAACCAUUCCAAACAACAGGGGAGGACCGCAAUGUUGUCACAGCACUGACCAAUUAUAUUGAAGGGGGGUGUCUUUCCAUGAGAGGGGAGGAGCCUGUUUGGAGACCUUAUUGA